AUGUGCGUCCCUGCCAAGCAAGGAACAUUGCACGCAAAGUCCCCUCUCCCCGGCCUGAAGAUUGCUGGGUUACUUUUGCGCCCCCGCGCUGCGAAUGCUAGCAGUGUCGAUCCACGUGUGAUCAUCUAUCUCGAAAGACUACUGGCUUUGAAGAAAGUGGACGCGUCAGACGUCCUAUCUUCAGCUUUCCAGUACUCAAAGGACCGACUACCCAAAACUGGUGAUGAUGGAUCGUCGAAAGAUUCGGGAUGGCACAAUCCCCCGGAACUGGAGGAAGUCGUCUUUCACCGCCUCUCCAAGGCUUUCCAGGCGGAGGAACGGCCGGUGAACAGCACCGAAGGCUUGCGGACGCUUGUCGUUGUGACACGAUGGAUGCAGACUAUGGUCACUUCGCAUACCAGCGACACCAUGAUCCAGGCCAUGGCUGGUAUCCAACAGCAGCCGCAGCAGCAGUCGAUUAAUGUCAGAGAGGGCCUCGGUAUGCUUGUGGUUGGCGUAAUCGAAAACCAAAAGAUGCUCAAUAUCUUGAACAAACACCAUAUCAAAAAUUGCAAGUCGCCUGGGAGAUCUCGCAAAAGCAACACGACUUUCACGACAAACCUGGCCACUGGUGAAUGGAGAAGCGAACGGAGAAGCCGAACGGAGACGCAAGACUUGAAGUCGCUACGCUCCAACUUUGAGGCGGUGGAUUGGAUCUUCCCCACCAUCAACACAAGAGCUGGCCUCUAUAUCUUCUUGAACUCAUUAAUUGACUCCCAAAACAUGGCUACCGAUCUCAUCACUGCUGCCUUCGACAUCCUUGCGAAUGCAAUGUAUCGCAGCGAACCCAGCCAGAACAUGUUCUGCUUGAAGUCCUUUCUCAUCAACAAGAUACCCAUACUUCUCUUACAGAUAUCCUCGUCGAUGUUCCCCAUGACAGCGGAACUCAGCAUAACACAGGCGCUUAGCCAUGUUGACCCCAACGCGUUUCCUGCCUUCUCACAGGGCUUCGACGACAUGCUGGGUAACACCAACUCGUUAGCUGAUGUUAGGCAAGACUUUCUGAAUGCAUGCGCACUGCACGGGCUUAUCACUACUGCGACCGUGGAGAGACUGCUCGGAGAGACACCUAUGCAGGGGCCACCUGGAACCAAAUACGACAAGAGCACCCUGCUCGAGCAAUGCAAAAGCAACUUCGACAAGAUCAGUAUGUACAUUGAUGAACUCGACAACCUGGACGGAAAUGCUGGCGCUAUUGUUGGUGCGAUCGCAGAGAUGACCAUGUACCUGAAGCAACUAUCAAGCUUGCUGUUCAAAAAGCCCCAAGCUAUCGACGUCAUUCUGCAAUUCACCUCGCCCGCUAGCAUUCUUCGACCGUUAUGCCAGAUCUUGGAUGAUUGGCAUUACGACAGUGAUCAAGGCGAAUACCAACCUGUAUACGAUGAAUUUGGCGCUGUCCUUGUCCUCGUCAUGACAUUCAUGUACCGCUACGACCUGACAUAUCAUGAUAUCGGCAUUGGCGCUGAAUCGUUUGUCGCACGAUUGAUGACCAAGGGCAAUCAAAGCAUGCUCCCCGAUGAGAUGACCGACGAACAAAGCAAACACCUUGGCCACUGGCUCAAGGGAUUAUACGAUGCUGGCAAUGAGGGCCUCAGCAACGAUGUCUUUGCGUCCUGCAGCCCUCGAGAAUUCUAUUUUAUCGUACCGACACUCUUUAAGCAGACUGUCAUGGCAUUGUCGGCUGGCAUUUUAACAUUUGAGUCGGUCAAAGGAGGUUUGGAAUAUCUCAUGGAGACAUUCCUGCUUCCUUCACUCAUUGGCGGCCUGAUCUGGAUGUCUUCGUACGCCCUCAUACAAAGUCACAGCGACUUGGAUGCUAUAAUGCGCAUCUUUCGCGAGGUCAUAUCAUCGGCUCCGUCUUCUGGUGAUGCUCAAGCGAUGCACUCUACCAUCUUAAGCAUAGUCUCUAGUCGACUGGAGAAAUGCUUGCGUACUAUCCAGCGCCGCGAUGCCAGCCGAGCAAACAGCAUCGAGCCGUUGAUCCAGGCGAUCAAGGGCAAUCUGCACAGCGAACGCUCAAUGUUUGCUUCGAUGAAGGAGUUGGAGCAGUGGACCAACGCGCCCAAUAGUACGUUGCAUACAUCCUUGCGCCAUACGGUGCAGCAACUAUCACAGUGGGCUUCCACAUCAUCGAUACAACCAAAUCCACCCAGCUACACGCACAGACAGGUGUACGUAUCGCUGAAGAUUAUGGGUGCCAGUAAGGUCAUAAAGGCAAUUGUCGAUGAACUCAAGGCCCAGACAGAGGCAAGUAAUGGUGCAGCUGCCCUCGAUGUUGGCGUUUCAAUCAUCUGCGCGCCCACUGUCGACGACAGCCCUGUACCUGUAGCCUGGCUCAGCAGCCCGAUCCCUGCAUCAAACCCACCUCGAACACGCCUAAAUCUACGCGAGAUGCUGAAGCACGAAUUCGACAAUGCGGCAGCUCUCGUAGCUACCGAUCCCCUAGCUGCAGAAACAGUCGUCCGGCUCCACCGCCGCGUCGAAGCACAACUCUCUUCAAUCGCCGAGAACGCGCUCCAAGGCCAUGGAUCUGUCCUCAAUCUCCCUAACGUCAACAUGGGUGAUAUGCAAUCCCAAAGCAUACCCGACGACAUCACCAAAGCGAUUGACGACGCAGCCGCUGCGAGUAUCGCGGACGAUAUCACCACCAUGGAUAAUAAGGCCCUUCAGCGCAGCAUGGAUGACCUUACUGGUCCCGAUGGCUUGGAUCUCAGCAGCAUCGGCAUGGGCACUGGCGAUGCAGGAACGGGCGACAUGGGUGCUGAGCUUGGCAACUUGCCAGAUUUGGACCUAGGUGACAUGAGCGGCAUGGGGAUGGACAUGGACAUGGACAUGGCCAUGGGCGGUGGAGGAGAUGAUGACUGGGCAACCACAACCUUUUCAAACACACAUUUUGCAUUCUUUCAAAAAGCCAUUGUCUCAUCCCGAAAAGUCUUCGUCGAUACAAACGUGAAGAUGCCGUACGAUCUCAAAGGCCGCAACGUCCUCGUAACCGGUGGUUCCGCCGGUCUCGGCGAACUCCUCAGCACAACUUUCGCCACUCACGGCUGCAACAUUGCGAUCAAUUACUUCAACCGCAUCGAGCCUGCGCAAAAAGUCGCUGCAGCGUGUGAGAAGUUGGGCGUUAAGACGAUAAUCAUCAAAGCCACAUCCGAAGCGAAGCGCGCGGUGCAAGAGACGAUUGAGAAGCUGGGUGGGCUGGAUUUGAUUCUGGCCAAUUCUGUAAGCACCCAAUUCUGUAAGCACCGCUUCCAUUCUUCUGUUAUGUGUUAUGCUGAAGUGUGUGGGGAUGAUGUGCGAGCUGAUCGCGAUUGGAAGGAUUUGGAUUCGAUGAGUGAGGAGGAGUGGGAUAGGUGCUGGUCCGCGAACGUCAAAGUGCCCAAAGCCCUUCUUUCCGAAGCGCGCGCAACUUUCGAGGCGAAUCCUGAUGGCGGACAUAUGAUCACCACUGGCUCAGUAGCGGCAAUCAGUCAAGGCGGCUCCAGCAUGCCCUACGCCGUAACCAAAGCCGCACAAUUCCAACUCGUGAAAUGUCUGGCCGUCACUGUCGGGCCCAAGAUUCGCGUCAACACUGUGCUACCGGGUCUGCUUUUGACGGAAUGGGUGAGUGCCACAUCAACCAAUCCAUUUCGUGAGACAUACACGCUGACAAGACAUCAUCAGGGCAACAAGUACUCGCCCGAGCGCAUCAAGCAGAUCAAAGACGCAGCGGUGUUGAAGAGUGAGGCCGACUUGCAGGAUUGUGUGGACGCUUUUGUUAUGCUGGCGAAGAAUACGAGUAUGACGGGCAUGCGGAUUCAGGUUGAUGCGGGACUGAAUGUUCAGGCUGCUUGA